CGAACGGUGCCGAACCGGGACCGAGCGGUGCCGAACCGGGACCGAACGGUGCCGAACCGGGACCGAGCAGAGCCGAACGGGGCCGAACCGGGAACCAGCGGAGAGGAGCGGAGCCGAACCGGGACCGAGCGAAGGCGAACGAGGCAGAGCGGGGGACGGAGCGGCGCCGAAGCGAGGCCGAGCGGAGCCGGACGGGACCGAAGCGGCUCGGAGCAGUUCGGCGCCGCUCGGGCUCGGUUCGGCCCGGCCCGGAGCGGGUCCCGGGCCGGUGCCGGCGAUGCGGCCGCUCCCGGUGCCGCUGCUGCUGCUGCUGCUGAGCCCGGUGCCGGGGCGGGGCGGGAGGUGCCCCCCGUGUCCCCGCGGUGUCCCCGAGCCCUGCGACCGCACGCCGAGCCCCGCGGAGGAGGAGCCGGAGGAGCCGUGCCCGCCCUGCCCGCUCUGCAGCCGCGGGGCCGCGGCGCCGCUCCCUGAGGGGACCCCGCCGGUGCCCCCCGAGCCCCCCGGGGACAUCAUCCCCCUGUACUGCGCCCUCCUGGCCGGGCUCGUCGUGGGGCUCGUGGCCUACGUGGCCUUCAAGUGCUGGCACACCUGCCGGAGGAAGCGGCAGCUGGACAAGGCGCGGGACGCGGCGGACGCGGAGAAGCCGCGGGGGGACGGCGGCGGCGGCGGCAGCGGGGACAGCGCCGGACCGGAGCCGCCUCAGCCCCCGCCCCCCGAGGGUCCCGCCCUGCUCGCGGUGUCCCCGCGGCGCCCGGAGGAGCCGGGAGAGCUGGAGCGGCUCCUGGAGCUGGGAGCGCCCGGCAGCGACCGGCGCGGCCCCGGUGGCCCCGCGGUGGCACCGGGGGACGUCACCUCCGCCGUGUGACACCCCCGGGGACACCGGGGCCGCGCCGGUGGCUGCCCCCGGCGGGGCUCCGGCUUCCCGAUGGAUUCCUGGGGAGUUUUUUUUACGUGGGUUUUGUACUUUUUUAGGGAUUCUGGGCGGGGGUGGGACGGGGACCUUUGGUGGCUGGCGCCUG